CUCCUUCGAAAAGCAGGAUGCUUCUCCCCUGUUCAGGUUCACUACGCCGUUUUCCCGCCCUUGUCCAGCUAUUGGGUGGAACGUGCAGGGUCCGCACUACAUUCCGGCACCUUGGUUUAUCAUAGCUCCCUCUUUAUCUCUAACCUCCCAGUUGGGAGGCAACAUAGAAGAGAAGGGGUGGCGGGGAUCGAUAUUCAGUGACAAUACAUAUUUGAGGUUAGCUGGGAGCAGCUCGCUUCCUUGUCUUACUCGGAUCCGAUACUUGGAAUUCUAUCCUGCUCCCCGAACUGCUACUCUGCUAAUCUAAUUCGAUACCGUGAGCCUCAUUCCCUGACAGUCAGUGACAGUCUGACAGGAGAGGAGUGGGCAGGCGGGAGGGAGACGCGCACUGAUCGCCAUCCUGACUAGCCAGGAUUCGUCAACUCGGUUCUCCUUUGCCACAGCUAUCUUUCCCACGUCUUGGGUUAGUGUUUUACUCUGCCGUGUUGGCUUUCCGUGCCAGUCAAUUGGCCGGGGAAGGGCAUGUCUGUGUGGGGAGGGGAAGAGUUUUGUCUGUCAUGUUUAUCUCUCUCGAUUCGAGGCACCCCCCUUGUCCCCAACAAAAGACGCUUCUACAGACGUACAUAUGUACUCUGCAAGGUAACUCUGCAGACGCGCCACUUGACACGUCUCCUUAGACUUCAGUCCCAUCACUCAUUGGCCAUGAGCCGGAGAAAUACUGGAUAUAUCACAUGAAAAAGCCAUGCCCGGGGACAAAGUCCCCCUAACCAUAAGCUUAGUUCAAAAUCUUGAUGAUGAUGCUGGAGUAGCUAAGUCCCCUAGGCGUCGCACGAACCAACCGGGCCAAAGGAGAUGCGGAUCUCGAGGUUUCCUCUCAUCCCCGGUGACAGGCCGAUCCGCGCCACUGGGAAUGCGACUGGGGAAAGAAAAUCAGGGCCCGUUCCAGGGAUGGAUAGGUGGCGAGCCGUUCACCUAGAUGCACAGUGAUGGGAGGAACGAUGGAUAUCUUGGAAAUAUUAAACCCUUCAGCCAGCCUCUUUUUCUUCCUUUCGAAAUCUCUUGUUCGUGAUUUGGCGGGUGCAAAGCUACCCAUUAGUUUUCUGCACAUUACCUUUUUCCUUGUCCUUCUAUCCACUCCUUUAAAAAAGGGGCACCGAAUGGGGGAUGCCAGAGCGAUUCCCCUAACUUAUGGGAGCCACGGCAAGUGGCGGUGUAGUUGGGAGUUGUUCAUAGGAUAUCGAUGAGACGUUUGAACUAAGGGCUUCGUAUCCCUAUACCGCUCUACAGGGAGCGAAAAAUGAAGGCAUCGCCAUGCAUCUCUCUGCUGGUGUUGCUGGCAAAAAUAUGUGCAGGAGUCCAAGAUAUGUUUCUGGGGAUGUUCCAAUCAAUUCACUCGCCCCAGGUGAAGAGUAGGUUCUGAUAUGCUGCCGGUCCCAUGGCGAUAAAUGGCCUCACCGCAUCAAUCAUAUCUUGACUCCUCAGACCGUUAGGAUGAGAUAGCUCGAGACUAGAGCCAGGGAGGGGUCAACUUCUUGGGGAUAUCAGUUACGAAAAUUGUCUAGACAUUUUUGAUUGGAGGCCGAAGUUGUGGCAAGAGUUCCUUGCUGCAAAAUGCGUAGAGGUUGGACUUGACUUCAGAUAUACCUGUCUCAUAUCCCGCUUCUGCGGGUGAGGAAGCCUCCUUCACAUAAAGUCACGUUCGAGGCAGUACCCAUCAUGCGUUGCUUGCUUUUGACUGACGAGGCGCUCCAUUUUACAUCCACAUCAGCGUCGAAACACUCUUCAUCCAGAAGUUACUUGCCCCUGAAAUCAUUCUGGUUCAGAAACGGGAGCUCCUUUCACAUUCUUGUCACGAGACGUUGAUAUUGCUAAAGCAUUUACAGGUGCUCCCCAGGUAGGAUAAGAUCCAGCAUCCAGCAUUUAACGUUCCUGAACUUCAGUUUACUCUUUCGGAGAUGUUAUGUUGACCAAUUCUACUUUCAGAAUUGCUCUUUCCUACUGUCCUCUCCUACAUUGCACGAAACCCGGGCCUUGCACGCCGGAUACGGUGGGCCUCCAUUCUCUAUCAAUGGGGUGUCUCUCUCUAGUGACUGUGGUAGAAGCUAUUUCCUUCACUUACAAGUAUGACAUGAACCGUUCCAGACAACGUGAAUUUCAUACUCUCCUUUUGAACGCAUCGAAAGCGGUUCAGCUGUGUCAGAAGUGGAUAAGAGGCGCCAGAAAAUGUGAAUAUAUCUGUUUUUCGAUUUCAUCUACAGGGUACAUGUACAAUUCUAAUCCCUAAGGCAUACCUUGGAAGGGGAGCUGGGGGAAACGAUCAUGGCGGUACCAACAAUAAAGGGCAUGGGAGAACCCAGCAGCGCGCUCUUCUUUUAGCCCCUGAAUCAUCGAAUGGCCCAUCUACUAAGUCCCCCUUUAAACAACGGAUUAUUGAUAUGUUUGGCAUUCUUUACUCACUUGUCUUCCUUCCCUCCCCAUGGUCUAUAAAUUUGCAUUUUCCCCCUCCCCUGCACAUGCACCGUUGAAUACGCUGCAAAUAUAAAGUCAUCCUCAAUUCGCCAAACAAAAGAAAGAAGUUGGCGGGAAAAAAAGACACUGCAAAAUUGCGACUUGCGGAACUGAUUGAAAUAUGAAAUGAAAAUAUAACCCGUUUAACCACCUGGAUCACAAUAAUCUACAUACUCCCUUUAUCCUUGUC